AGACACUCUCAUAUCCACUUAGCUACUUUACUGCUGGCCUUUUGUGUUCUCAUGCUCAACAAGUCACCCACAAAUCAUCUGUACUGCAAACGACAACCACGUAUUCACUCAGUGGAGGACAUUGUUCACUGGCAUGCGUGACACCAACUGAGCAUUUGAAGAUGAUGCGAUUGCUUUUUCUGUGUCUGCUGCUGCUGCUUCCAGCCGCUACUGCUGUAUCAGACGAGAGUGAAGGAUCAGGUGAUGACGACACAGAUGAUGAGGAUUUGAGUAAGAUAAAUGACGUUCACAACAAACAUUCUCGUGGUUCUUCAGUUGUAGAUAAAACCACAGGAGAAGAAAACACAGAUCAGCUCGUGCUGGUUAUCACCGUCGUAGCUGUGGCUGUUGUGGCUCUCUCGGUUGCAGCAAUAGUCGCCGUAAUGUUGGUAAGACGCCGCAUGCACAGUCGACAGCAAGGGGUCUACUCCGUCCCUACAGAGCAGGACCAUAAAGGGGGUGUCUAGUCUGCGGCGGAGCUGCUGUUCAACUGUAUAACAUGCAGGCAAGAGAGGAGCAACGCACUGGGCUAUGUCGUCUCCCACUCUUUGAGUCAGGACAGUUAGACUUCUUUGCACAACAGCCUGCUUCUCACCUUUCACUUCACUGCUCACUCCUACGCAGCCUCCUAUCACUACGUAUGCAACAUGUGUUUGUUUAUUUUUGUUUUCGUUUUUGUUCCUGCCAUUUGUGCUCCACGUACACACAAUUUAGCCCAGGACAUUUGGAGCUCAUUCAAAUGCUCUAAUUGGAUUCUAUUUGAGGAAUCCAAAUCAAAGCCAGUGAAUAUGGCUUAAAGCUUCUUUUGUUAAAAGGGAUAAUUUAGCACAGCCAGAAACCCCC